CGCUUCAGCUUCUGAGGCAACUCAGACAUAAGCUGCCCCAGAGUCAGCAAUAAGGGGGGCAACUGCGUACAGGCUGGGCAUACGUGUGACUGUGUGUGAGAGUCCACCAGUCAGCUCAGAGUGGUUCAUCUCUUUCUCCCACUUCCUCACUCUCUCCCUCUGUGCCUUUUGUUCCCGCCCCUCACUUUCUCCCUGCUAGCCUGGAUAGAGGGAGCUGACCUGCAUGCUGUGGACUGGAUAUGGCGUAGAGACACCCUGACGCUAACCUAACUGGAUGUUCACCCUACGAACUGAGUCCUCGGUGUCGGCGCCCCUGGGGUCAGUCCCCAUGGACCUGCGUGUGACGGAGCGUGUGAUGCGGCCGGGUUCGGACACAGCCCUGCUGACCCCCCUGCACCCCCCGCUGCUCCUCAGCCCCUUCUCCCCCCAGCCCUGCACCCCUUUCUCGCAGCAGCAGCUGCACCAGCACAUACGGUUCAACAUGGAACAACGGAGACGUGAGCAGGAGCAGGAGAAACAGCAAGAGCUGCAGCAGCUGUGGCACAAGGACAAGAGCCAACAGAGUGCUGUGGCCAGUUCUCUGGUGAAGCAGAAACUCCAGGAGGUGAUUCUGAAGAAGCAGAAACAACAAGCCCUGGGAAGAACCAGCUCCAACCCUCUCAGUGGUCCCCCUGUGGGCUAUAGGGAGCUGGCUCCAGACCCCAGUGGGCCGCCCCAGCCUCUAGUGUCCUCCCCCGCACAGGGUUCCAGCGACGGCUCAGAUGACACUCCUCUACGCAGGGCAGCCUCAGAGCCCAACCUGAAGGUGAAACACAAGCUGAAGAAACACCUGAACACUCGUAAGAGUCCUCUGACACGCAAGGACAGUGCCCCGUCCCCCAUCAAACACCGGGUGCCAGACACUCUGGACUCGUCCCCCAGCAGCAGUAGCACACCAGUGUCUGGCUGCAGCUCGCCUAACGACAGUCUACCCAAUGAGAACGGAGUGCUGCAAUCUGUUGGCGGGCUGUCCCAUGAGGUUAUUAUCCGAUUGGCCCAGAGACUGCUGCUCCAGGAUGGGUCUCUAGCCCACUUCACCAUUCAGAGUUCCUCAGUCCUACCCACCAUCACCCUGGGCCUGCCAGCCAAUGCCAGGAGUGAUGGAGACUUGUCCCCUCUGAAGGUGGGUCGGGUGCCUAUGGUGACGGGAGGCCAGUCUGUCUACCUUCCCCUGGGGACGGAGGAGCAGAGUGGGUCGCUGUCCCCUCACUUCCAGCCUGUCCUCAUCCUGGAGCCCUCCGGACUGGUGCACGCCCCAAUGCUCGCUGUUCCAGGCCUGGGCCCUGUUCCUCUGCAGUUUUCCCCCCAGACGGAUCAUCUGGCCCCGGAAGGGGGCCCUCACAAGCCUCUGAGCCGGACUCGCUCAGAGCCCCUGCCCCAGAGCCCCAGAUCCCUUCACCCCCAUCUGCUGCAGCAGCACCACAACAGCCAACUAUUGGAGAGACUUAAACAGCAGACACAUCUGGGAAAGCUGAUGUCUAAGACCAGUGAGAAGCCUCGUCUCAAACAGAUCCCCUCAGAGGACAUGGACUCUGAGGAGGUGGGGCCAGCGCCCAGCGAUAUCUAUCAGGGCAGAGCAAGGGCGGAGACACUGAGGGAGACGGAGCUCGUGUCUGCGGCAGACAGCCAGGGAGGACAGAUCAACCUGCAACACACACUGAUACUCAACCAGCAGAGAGCAGCAAAGGGUUUCAUAUUUGUUCGUGCAGUCGUUGCUAUGGGGAAGAAACAGAAACAGCUGCAGCAGCUGCGUCGCCAGACAGCCCACAUGGAGACACUGGCGGUACCCAUUAUGCUUGGCGGUGCCCACCGCCCCCUCUCCCGUACCCAGUCCUCGCCAGCCUCCACAUCCCUCACGUUGCCAGACAAACCCCUACCCCUGUCCACCCCAGAACCACAGAGCAAACCACGCUUCACCACCGGUCUGGUUUAUGACUCUCAGAUGCUGAAGCACCAGUGCACAUGUGGUGACAACAGCAGCCACCCAGAGCAUGCUGGGAGGAUCCAGAGUAUCUGGUCACGUCUCCAGGAGAGAGGUCUCAGGGGCCAGUGUGAGACUAUCCGAGGUAGGAAGGCCACUCUGGAGGAGCUGCAGUCGGUCCAUUCAGAGCGUCAUGUCCUUCUGUAUGGCACCAACCCUCUCAACCGCCUCAAACUGGACAACCGCAAGCUGUCCGGCAUUCUCUCUCAAAGGAUGUUUGUGAUGCUGCCAUGUGGAGGAGUAGGGGUGGAUAAUGACACAAUCUGGAACGAGUCUCAUACAUCCACGGCGUCGCGCAUGGCUGCAGGCAGCGUCACAGAGCUGGCCUUCAGAGUGGCCAAAGGAGAACUCAAGAAUGGCUUUGCAGUGGUGAGACCCCCAGGCCACCAUGCUGACCCCUCCAACCCAAUGGGUUUCUGCUAUUUCAACUCAGUGGCCAUUGCAGCCAAACAGCUGCAGCAGAAACUGAGUGCCAACAAGAUCCUCAUCGUUGACUGGGAUGUUCACCAUGGUAAUGGGACCCAGGAAGUGUUUUACAAUGAUCCCAGUGUGCUGUAUAUCUCACUGCAUCGCUAUGACGAUGGCAACUUCUUCCCUGGCAGCGGCGGGCCGGCUGAGGUGGGAUCUGGUGCUGGAGAGGGCUUCAAUGUUAAUGUGGCCUGGACUGGAGGUCUGGACCCCCCUAUGAGUGAUGCUGAGUACAUCACUGCUUUUAGGACGGUGGUGAUGCCCAUAGCUCAGGAGUUCUCCCCUGACGUGGUCCUGGUCUCUUCGGGGUUCGAUGCAGCAGAGGGACACCCUGCACCUCUAGGGGGUUACAAGGUCACCUCCAAAUGUUUUGGGUUUCUUACCCGGCAGCUGAUGGGUCUGGCUGGAGGCCGGGUGAUCAUGGCUCUGGAGGGAGGUCACGACCUCACGGCCAUCUGUGACGCCUCUGAGGCCUGCGUCAGCGCUCUGCUGGGUAUUGAGGAGCCUCUGUCAGAGGAGGUGCUGCUGCAGAAGCCCAAUGCUAACAGUGUUCGCUCACUACUGAGAGUCAUACAGAUACAUGGUCAGUAUUGGCAGUCCCUGAAGCUGUUCAGUAGCUCUGUGGGACUGUCCUACCUGGGUGCUCAGAGGAGAGACUGUGAGGAGACUGAUGCUGUCAAUGCUCUGGCCUCUCUGUCUGUGGGGGUCCUGACCAGCAGGAGCCACCCAGACGAGCCUAUGGAGCAAGAUGAGGACUCCAUGUAGAAGAUGCUGACCUUUAACCUCACAGACCUCUCCUUCAGGACAUCCCAAUAGCCUCGGAGAUCCUUCCCUGUCACACGACGAGGGGGAGGAGUGUAGAUUGUGGAUCUCUGCCUUAACCAGUGAGGCCCUAAAAUCACACAGUGCCUCAAAGACCACCGUCCAUUCUCCUCAGACUAUAUGCAGCGCACCUUAACACAGUGAAGAAUGAACUCAACACAGUGGAACUCAUGUAGCCUUCUGACACCACACCAAAGCCCUGUCAGUGUAUAUGUGAGAUAAAAGAUAUUCUCAUACAACUGAUUAUUAAACUAACUCUGUCCAUGGUCAGCAAUACAGAAUCAUUUGUAUUGUGUGUAUUCAGAAGGAUACCAGCCCGGUGCCGUGAUAUUGACAACUUUUUGGCCUUUAAAAUAAAAAUUAAAAAUGAAAGCACAGACAUAAUAGGUCUUACUGAGGCACUUAUAGUAAAGCAAUACUAGCACCAGGUCUGUGGGUGUCUCUUGUUGUGUCCGUGGGCAGAGCAGACACCAGUCAGUGGCUCUGAGGAUGGCCCUGGAGAGAGAGAGAGACCGAGACCGGCUCGGUCAAUCCUUGAUGAUGUCAUUAAUAUUCAGUUUAACCACUAAAGAAGAAAAUGAAGAUGUGGUUUUAUCUGUUUUUGCACUGUGCAUUCCGUAAUGUGAACCGUUGAAAAUUCCAAACGCCGGGGGGGGGCUCUAGAUUAUUUAAUUACCUGUUCAACUUUGAGGAUUGGAAGAUAUUUUUCUCCUCUGAAAUCCACUCACAUUCUAAGAAGACUCAUGCAUGUAUACACAAAUUAGUAUUUCUAAGUGCAUUUGCAAAAACUUCCUGUUUGCUCUGAUUGUAUUCUGAUUAUUCCACUGCUGUUCUUAGACAUGUCUCUAUACAUUGUUCACAUGGACACAUGUCUUUAUACAUUGUUCACUUGGACACAUGUCUUUAUACAUUGUUCACUUGGACACAUGUCUCUAUACAUGGUUCACAUGGACACAUGUCUCUAUACAUGGUUCACAUGGACACAUGUCUCUAUACAUGGUUCACAUGGACACAUGUCUCUAUACAUUGUUCACAUGGACACAUGUCUCUAUACAUUGUUCACAUGGACACAUGUCUUUAUACAUUGUUCACAUGGACACAUGUCUCUAUACAUGGUUCACAUGGACACAUGUCUCUAUACAUUGUUUGCAUAGACACACACACACACACACACACACACACACAGUCAGAAAUGCAUUUCAUUCGCACACGAUUUCCCUUUAUGUCUUACUGACAUGAUGAGGACCAAACUGAAAUAAAUAAACCAAUUGAUCUUAUGAAGAGCUGAAGACCUACCACUGUUUGGGAGGAAAUACAAAAUGUAUGUUCAUUCCUACGGUAGUUACCAUUGAGGGCUAUUAGUAGUUUUAUUAUGCUAGUCAAAUGCUCUAAUGCACUUAAUGGACAUCUCCCAAAGAAAUCUGUCUUAAAUAUGUCCGCAGUGUGACCGUAUCACUGCAGUUGGACCAGUGAGGUUACUGUGUUAAGUUGAUGUUUGUUUUUUCAGGACCACCAUUUUGACCUGUAGACAUGACUAUUUUAUUGUGUACAUUCAUUUCACAGUUCAGUUGCCUUGUUAUUAUCCACAAGCAGUUAUAUCAAGUAGAGCUCAAUACGGUUGGUUAUAUCAAGUAGAGCUCAAUACGGUUGGUUAUAUCAAGUAGAGCUCAAUACGGUUGGUUAUAUCAAGUAGAGCUCAAUACGGUUGGUUAUAUCAAGUAGAGCUCAAUACGGUUGGUUAUAUCAAGUAGAGCCCAAUACGGUUGGUUAUAUCAAGUAGAGCUCAAUACGGUUGGUUAUAUCAAGUAGAGCUCAAUACGGUUGGCUAUAUCAAGUAGAGCUCAAUAUGGUUGGCUAUAUCAAGUAGAGCUCAAUACGGUUGGUUUGGUGUGUUAUUCUAUGUGAAAACCUUCUUUAUGGACCAUCCAACAGACUAUUACUGUUAGCACUAUGGAGAUGUAGCUUUAUGAUGGUGUAUACUUCUCCUAUAGACCUUGUGGAGAGAGUCCAUCUCCACUCGAAUGUAUGAUACAGUACUUGACAUCAUGCUGAUUAUUAAUUUUCAGAUGUACUGUACCUAUACACAUCCACACUAAGCCUGCUCCAAACUGAAACUAGUUUGUGAGAAUUCCUCAAGCCUAUUUUGUGUGUUCAUGAAAUGACAUCCAAUGUAGAUAGUUUUUGUUGUGAGUUGAAAUGUUUUCCACAUUCCACUUUUCACAGUUCCAUUUUCUACAUUCAUUCUAGAUGUUAUGUAGUUUGUCUUAAUGGGCAUUUCAUCUAGAUUGCGCUCAUUGUUGGAAGCUAUUCGGUGAAUGAAAAGAAACUGUCCACCAUCAAAUUCAGAAGACAUAUUUAUGAAAUGUGUUUUCACAAGAUUCACAAUAUUAUUUUGUAUAUGACCCCAUACCUCUGGAGUGUGGCUGAUUGUUUAAAUGUAUCAUAUGCUCUCUAUUACUGCGUAUUAUUGUGUUUUCCAUAUUGAAGGAGUCAUGUUCUUUUUUUAUACAAAAUCGAAGAGAGUGAGAGAGAGAGAGAGAGAGAGCAUCCACUUCUGUCUAAAACAAUAUUUACAAGGCACCUUUUGAAAGGAACAUGCUCUCUGUGCUGGUGCUCCGACUGGUGAUACACAUCAAGGUUGUCUUAACUAGACAUUCUUCUCUAACCUCAGCUGCAUCCUCACCCCUAGUUGGCAUUGAGAGAGAGAGAAUGGUAACCAUGCUAACAAGUAUUUUAGCCCUUUCCUCUUAUACUCUGUACCAACCACUGUGGAUAGCUAUGUGUGUCUAGGAGACCAUGUAUGUGCAAGAAGGUCAUAACUAUUGCCAGUUUUCAUUGUUCAUUAUUCAUUAUUCUUUGUAUUAGCUAUAUGUUUUGUUUUCAAGACUCUGGGCAAUGUUUGCCCAUAAGGUCGCCUCAAAGACUUGUAUAAAAUUAAAUAGAAUCAGCCACCAUCAUUCAAACGCUCUUAGAACUGACAGUGACUGUGUUGUCUGUCUCUUAGAACUGACAGUGACUGUGUUGUCUGUCUCUUAGAACUGACAGUGACUGUUGUCUGUCUCUUAGAACUGACAGUGACUGUGUUGUCUGUCUCUUAGAACUGACAGUGACUGUGUUGUCUGUCUCUUAGAACUGACAGUGACUGUUGUCUGUCUCUUAGAACUGACAGUGACUGUGUUGUCUGUCUCUUAGAACUGACAGUGACUGUGUUGUCUGUCUCUUAGAACUGACAGUGACUGUGUUGUCUGUCUCUUAGAACUGACAGUGACUGUGUUGUCUGUCUCUUAGAACUGACAGUGACUGUGUUGUCUGUCUCUUAGAACUGACAGUGACUGUGUUGUCUGUCUCUUAGAACUGACAGUGACUGUUGUCUGUCUCUUAGAACUGACAGUGACUGUGUUGUCUGUCUCUUAGAACUGACAGUGACUGUGUUGUCUGUCUCUUAGAACUGACAGUGACUGUGUUGUCUGUCUCUUAGAACUGACAGUGACUGUGUUGUCUGUCUCUUAGAACUGACAGUGACUGUGUUGUCUGUCUCUUAGAACUGACAGUGACUGUGUUGUCAGUCUCUUAGAACUGACAGUGACUGUUGUCAGUCUCUUAGAACUGACAGUGACUGUGUUGUCAGUCUCUUAGAACUGACAGUGACUGUGUUGUCAGUCUCUUAGAACUGACAGUGACUGUGUUGUCUGUCUCUUAGAACUGACAGUGACUGUGUUGUCUGUCUCUUAGAACUGACAGUGACUGUGUUGUCUGUCUCUUAGAACUGACAGUGACUGUGUUGUCUGUCUCUUAGAACUGACAGUGACUGUGUUGUCUGUCUCUUAGAACUGACAGUGACUGUGUUGUCUGUCUCUUAGAACUGACAGUGACUGUGUUGUCUGUCUCUUAGAACUGACAGUGACUGUGUUGUCUGUCUCUUAGAAAUGACAGUGACUGUGUUGUCUGUCUCUUAGAACUGACAGUGACUGUGUUGUCUGUCUCUUAGAACUGACAGUGACUGUGUUGUCAGUCUCUUAGAACUGACAGUGACUGUGUUGUCUGUCUCUUAGAACUGACAGUGACUGUGUUGUCUGUCUCUUAGAACUGACAGUGACUGUGUUGUCUGUCUCUUAGAACUGACAGUGACUGUGUUGUCUGUCUCUUAGAACUGACAGUGACUGUUGUCUGUCUCUUAGAACUGACAGUGACUGUGUUGUCAGUCUCUUAGAACUGACAGUGACUGUGUUGUCUGUCUCUUAGAACUGACAGUGACUGUGUUGUGUCUGUCUCUUAGAACUGACAGUGACUGUGUUGUGUCUGUCUCUUAGAACUGACAGUGACUGUGUUGUCUGUCUCUUAGAACUGACAGUGACUGUGUUGUCAGUCUCUUAGAACUGACAGUGACUGUGUUGUGACUGUCUCGUAGAACUGACAGUGACUGUUGUCUGUCUCUUAGAACUGACAGUGACUGUGUUGUCAGUCUCUUAGAACUGACAGUGACUGUGUUGUGACUGUCUCAUAGAACUGACAGUGACUGUGUUGUGACUGUCUCGUAGUGCACCAGUGGGUAUCUGUUGUCUAUGAAGGGUUUAACUCUGUUAGAGUGUGUUGAAUACUGUACAUUAGCUCUCCUGUAAAGUUUUCCAGGGGUCUAUGGGCCACACUCAUUUUGUCUUAGUUGCCAGUGGGCCACUCCUCACCAUUUCUUUUUAUGUUGUCCUUUUUAUGAUCGACUUCUUGUCCUUUUUAUGAUCUACUUGCUAAAGUCACUGUAAAUAGAUACUCAAGACCAAAAUGCAUCACACAUGUGCCUUGAAUCAUGUAUUGGUAGCCUUCACUAACAAGUUUAGAAUAACAAAAAAUGACAUUGAAUCUUUUUUCAUACUUUCAUACUUUUAUUUGACCUUGUUUGUUUCCUCCAUAUUUCCUAUGUGUGUAUAGAAAGAAUGUCUAUUUUGUACUGAUUUUCUCUUAAUUAAAAUUGAAAAUGUUGUGUGUG